GCAACCUUAUAGAUACGUUGUAUAUAUAAACCUUGUUAUGUUGCUUGACAGAUGAAAGAUGGAUUAACAAUAAAGAGCAAUCGCAUGUGGAACUAGGAGGAGUCAAGACGUGUUUUAUCACGAUACUACAUUUGGCGACGAGUAAAAAGAAAUAAAGAGAACUAGCAGUGGAACAAAAUCAGACGGCAAGAUACAAUGAAUACGAUUGAUCUAUUUCGUUUCCCAGGGCUGACGCCUCAGCCGUUUAAUUAUGAGGGUCACCGAGAAAACCUUGGAAAUGAGUGGAAAAAAUGGAUCAAAUCUUUCGAAAUCAUGCUUCGAGCAUCUCGAAUUGAUGAUGAGGAGUGGAAGAAAGACCUACUAUUGCAUUUUGUGGGACCAAAGGUCCAACAAAUUUAUGAAACUCUGCCAGAACUACCAAGCAUUGAGAAACGAGGACCUCUUUCAAAUAUUGAACAAUAUACCCCCAAUAUGAACAGCUACGAAGAGGCCGUAGCAAAAUUAAAUAAUUUCUUCUUGCCGAGACAAAACCCCACCUAUGAACGACACCUAUUGCGGCAAAUUAAACAACAACCAGGAGAGAAUUUUGACACUUUUAUAGUGAAAUUACGCAUACAAGCAGAAAGAUGCGGCUAUGGCGACAAGACAGAAGAAAAUAUUAGAGACCAGAUUAUUGAAAACUGUCAGUCAGCUGCAUUGCGUAGAGAGUUAUUGAGACUAGGCGACGCUAAUCUCGAUAAAAUAUUGAGUGUAGCAAAAAUUCUUGAAACAGUUGCUCAUCAAGAAAAAUCGUUCAUAGGAAGUCAGCAUCAAGUUGACGAUGUUAAUAAAAUUGAUGGGUAUUCUGUUCAUAAAAAGAGAAUUUUUGCUGAAACAAAUCAAAUGCAAUGCCAUCGUUGUGGCUAUAUGGGACAUCUUGCCAAAGACGAGAAAUGCCCAGCCAAAGGAAAAACUUGUAGUAAAUGCGGCGGCAUGAAUCAUUUCGCUAAGAGGUGUCGCACUAAAAACCCAGAACAAAGGACUUUCAAGGGUACCAAGAAAUAUCGACGAGAGGCAACAGAAGCUGGAAAUAAAGAGUACAAACAUGACACAGUGAAACAUAUUGAUAACAAUACCACGGAAUACGUCUUCCAUCUCACGCCAUAUGAUAACAGCAGCGAAAUGUGUUGUAAAAUAGGUGGUAUCCCUAUAAACGCUAUGAUCGAUUCGGGAUCAAAAUACAACUUAAUCAGCCAAAUUGUCUGGGAGCAACUAAAGUCCCAACAUGUUGUUGUAUCAAAUCAACACCGUGAUGCCACAAUUACACUCAAGGCAUAUGGCGGACAGGUACUGCCGCUCGUAGGUGUGUUUACUGCUACAGUUACUUUAGGCUCAGCAGAAACUACUGCCGAUUUCUAUGUUGUGAAGGGUGAUGGCAAAACUUUAAUUGGGCGUGAUACGGCUACCCUCAUGGGAGCGUUGAAAAUUACCGUUCCUGUAAAUACGGUUGACAACGAAAACCAUAAACUGUCGACCUUGAAGAAUGUUGUGGUAGAUAUACCAAUAAAAUCAGGUUCAGUAGCUGUCGCUCAGCCAUACCGUCGAAUACCGGUUGCCCUGGAAAAACUAGUCGAUAAAAAACUGGAUGAACUACUGAUUCAGGGAGUUAUCGAGCAAGUAAAUGAGCCAUCUAAGUCGGUAUCACCUGUAGUAGUUGUCCCUAAAGGAAACAACGAUGUUCGCAUAUGUGUAGAUAUGCGGCGCGCUAACGAGGCGGUUGAGAGAGAAAAUCAUCCACUACCUACUUUUGAGGACUUCUUACCACAUAUGGCUAAGGCAAAGGUAUUUUCCCGUCUGGACAUUAAAAAUGCUUUCCACCAGGUUAGUGCAAACGAAGGUUGAUUAAGGAUUGAUUGCGAUUUAAAUUCUUUUGUUAACCUAAUCUAUUUGAAUUACGUUGCUUAUAACUCAAUCGAAAUAUAUUAUACCAGAAACUAAUCCUAAUGAGUUUCAUUUUAGGUAGAAAUUUCAAAACAAUCUCGGGGGAUUACUACGUUCAUCACACGUAGAGGGUUGUUCCGUUACACCAGACUUAUGUUUGGGAUAAACUGUGCACCAGAGCUGUUCCAGAAAACUAUGGAACAAAUUCUUACAGGCUGUGAAGGAUGCUUGAAUUACAUCGAUGACAUUAUUGUAUACGGAUCGCAUAGAGAUGAACAUGACAAAAGACUGACAAAGGUUCUCCAAAGGCUCAAAGAGUGGAACGUGGUGCUAAAUGCAGAUAAAUGCGUUUACGGGGUAUCAGAAAUGAGAAUUUUAGGGCAUGUUAUAUCUGCAGAAGGAGUAAAACCAGACAAAGAUAAACUAAAUGCGAUACGAAACUUCAGGGCACCAAAAUCAGCAGAAGAAGUUCGAAGUUUUUUAGGUUUAGUAAAUUAUGUAGGAAAAUUUAUUCCUGAUAUGGCAACCAUUACACAUCCAUUACGACAGCUAACAGUUGAAAAGGAAAAAUUUGUAUGGAAAUCAGAGCAUCAUUCAGCGUUCGAGAAACUCAAAUCGUUUAUGAUAAGCCCAUCAACUCUAGGUUUUUUUGAUAUUGGAGAUAGAACACAGUUAAUUGCUGACGCAAGUCCUGUUGGGUUAGGAGCGGUAUUAAUACAGAUAAAUUCAGAAGGAAAUCCGAGAGUAAUUGCAUACGCAAGCAAAAGUCUAUCUAAUACAGAAAAACGCUAUGCACAAAUUGAAAAAGAGGCCCUAGCGCUUGUUUGGGCAGUAGAACGCUUCCAUUUUUAUCUAUAUGGUCGUCAAUUUGAACUUAUAACAGAUCAUAAACCAUUAGAAAAAAUAUUUAGUACAAAAUCGAAACCAUGUGCCAGGAUCGAGAGAUGGGUAAUACGGCUGCAAUCUUACAAAGCAUCUGUUAUUUAUAGACCAGGGAAAUCCAAUAUUGCUGAUCCACUUUCACGCCUCGCGAUCACAGAGACCGUAGAAGGUAAACCAUUUGAUGAGUUUUCUGAACAGUAUGUGGCAUGGAUUAUUUCCAAUGCAUCACCAGUAGCGCUAAAGCUUACAGAGAUAGAAAAAGCUUCAAAAGCCGAUGGAACUAUUCAAGCGGUUCGUCAGGGAAUCGAAAAGAAUGAAUGGACCGAAGAUACUUCGACAUUCAAAAUAUUUUCUACUGAACUAUGCUUUGCUAACAAUAUACUGUUGCGAGGAAACAGAAUAGUUAUGCCUGCUUCAUUAAGAGAAAGGACCUUACAUCUAGCCCAUGAAGGUCACCCAGGUAUGAGCAUUAUGAAACAGCGAUUAAGGGCCAAAGUAUGGUGGCCAAAACUUGACUUACAAGUAGAACAAUACGUCAGGAAUUGCCGGGGAUGUAUGCUGGUCUCUGCAGCGCCCGCUCCAGAACCAAUGAAGCGAAGAGAAUUGCCAUCAGCACCAUGGCAACACGUGGCCAUUGAUUUUCUAGGACCUCUCCCAUCAGGCCAUUCGUUGUUAGUUGUAGUCGAUUAUUUCAGUCGCUACAUAGAAGUAGAAAUUAUGAAAAAGACGGAUUCUAUACAGACUAUAGGACGGUUAAAUUCAAUUUUUGCACGAUUCGGACUACCUCUAUCUAUUACUGCAGAUAAUGGGCCGCAGUUCUCAAGCGAAGAGUUCCUACAGUUUUGCACCACCAAUAACAUUAAAUUGAUCAGUACCACCCCAUACUGGCCGCAACAAAAUGGUGAAGUCGAAAGACAAAACCGAUCCCUUCUUAAACGACUUGUCAUCAGUCAAUCAAUGAAUGCAAAUUGGAUCGAAGAGCUUAACAAAUACCUAUUAAUGUAUCGAUCUUCUCCUCAUUCAGUCACUAAGAAAACACCGUCGGAGAUGCUUUUUAAUUAUAACAUAAGAGAUAAAUUACCAUCUAUAUUUAAUCCAAUAGUUGAACAUGAAGAAGUGGCAGACAGAGAUAAGGAAGCUAAACACAAAGGUAAAAUGUAUUCAGAUAAACGAAGAAACGCAAAAGUUAGCUCAAUAUGCCCGGGUGACGAAGUUCUGGUCAAACGAAUGCGUAAAACCAACAAACUAUCAUCUAACUUUGGGACAAAAGUUUUUAAGGUGGUUGAAAGGAAAGGAGGAGAUGUAUUAAUAGCAUCAAAAGAAUCCGGUUUGAAAUACCGGAGGCACGUAUCUCAUUUGCUUAAAGUUUCUACAGAAGAAGGUAACCCCCUUGCACCAGAAUCAGUAGACAACGGAAUGGUAGAUCCAAAUAACAAAGAAAAGAAUGUUACUUGCAAAGAUACCACAAGCAAAUUAACUGAUAGAAGUCUUAGCUAUAAGCCAAGUAAUGAGACCACAAGAUCUAAAAGAACUAUUCAAAAACCAAAUUACUUAAACGACUAUAUUAGCAGUUGGAAAUCCAUUAGUUAGUAAGCAAUACAUUAUCUAUAAAAAAAAAGGAAAGUGAAUGUAGUAUAGCAACCUUAUAGAUACGUUGUAUAUAUAAACCUUGUUAUGUUGCUUGACAGAUGAAAGAUGGAUUAACAAUAAAGAGCAAUCGCAUGUGGAACUAGGAGGAGUCAAG